CCACAUCUUACCCUGGCACCACCUUCACCAGCCCCAAACCUCACAGUACCACAGAGAAUGGCAUUCCAACGACUGUGAGCACCCCGGCUGUCACCUGGAGCCAAAGGUCAACAGCAACUGCCAUGACUUCUCCAGCUACCCAAACCACAGCCACAUCGUUGCCUGGCACCACUUCCACAAGCCACACAAUUCACAGUACCACUGAUUCUACCAGAACGACAACUCUGACCACGGAGGCGCUCACCACUACCCAAGGGACAACAGUAGCCACCACUACUUCCCCAGGCACCUCAAGCACAGUCGCAUUGUUGCCUGGUACCACUUCCACCAGCUCCACCUCUCAGAGUACCACAGCGCCUGCCUUUACGACGACUGUGAGCACACAAUCUGUCACCCCUAGCCAAGGGACGACAGAAGCUGCCACUAUUUCCCCAAGGACCUCAACCACAGCCACAUCUUCCCCUGCCACCACCUUCACCAGCCCCAAACCUGAGAGUACCACUGAGCCUGGCAUUACGACGACUGUGAACACACAAUCUGUCACCCCUAGCCAAGGGACAACAGCAGCUCCCACUACUUCCCCAGGGACCUCAACCACAGCCACAUCUUCCCCUGGCAACACCUUUACCAGCUCCACCUCUCAGAGUACCACAGAGGUUGGCAUUACGACCACUGUGAGCACCCAGGCUGUCACCUGGAGCGAAAAGACAACAACAGCUGCCAUGACUUCUCCAGGAAUCCAAACCAUAGCCACUCCGUCACCUGGCAAAACCUCCACCAGCCACAUACUUCAGAGUACCACUGAUUCUGACAGAAUGACAACUCUGACCACUGAGGCUCUCACUACUACCCAAGGGACAACAGUAGGUGCCACUAUUUCCCCAGGGACCUCAACCACAGCCGCACUGUUGCCUGGUACCACCUCCACCAGCCCCACACCUCAGAGUACCACAAAGGCUGACAUUACAACAACUGUGAGCACACAAUCUUUCACCCCUAUAAAAGGGACAACCAAAGCUGCCACUACUUCCCCAGGGACCUCAACCACAGCCACAUCCUCCUCUGGCACCACCUUCACCAGCCCCACACCUCACAGUACCACAGACGCUGGCAUUACAACCACUGUGAGCACCCAGUCUGUCACCUGGAGCCAAAGGACAACAGAAGCUGCCACUACUUCCCCAGGGACCUCAACCACAGCCACAUCUUCCCCUGACUCCACCUUCACUAGCUCCACCUCUCAGAGUACCCCCUAUUCUGACAGUACAACCACUCUGACCACUGAGGCUGUCACGACUACCCAAGGGACAACAGAAGCUUCCACUCUUUCCCCAGGGACCUCAACCACAGCCACAUCUUCCCCUGCCUCCACCUUCACUAGCUCCACCUCUCAGAGUACCCCCUGUUCUGACAGUACAACCACUCUGACCACUGAGGCUGUCACGACUACCCAAGGGACAACAGAAGCUGCCACUACAUCCCCAGGGACCUCAACCACAGCCACAUCCUCCCCUGGCACCACCUUCACCAGCCCCACACCUCAUAGUACCACAGACGCUGGCAUUACAACCACUGUGAGCACCCAGUCUGUCACCUGGAGCCAAAGGACAACAGAAGCUGCCACUACUUCCCCAGGGGCCUCAACCACAGCCACAUUGUCACCUGGCAUCACCUUCACCAGCCCCACACCUCAGAGUACCACUGAUUCUGACAGUACAACAGCUCUAACCACUGAGACACCCACCACUACCCAAGGGACAACAACAGCUGCAAUUACUUCCCCAGGGACCCAAACCACAGCCACAUCUUCCUCUGGCACCACGUCCACCAGCCCCACACCUCAGAGUACCACAGAGCCAGUUAUUUCGACGACUGUAAGCACACAAUCUAUCACCCUUAGCCAAGAGACAACAGCAGGUGCCACUACUUCCCCAGCGACCUCAACCACAGCCACAUCUUCCCCUGGCUCCAUUUCAUCCAGCCCCACAGCUCAGAGUACCAACCAGUCUGACAGCACUACAACUGUGACAACUAACCCUGUCACUGUCACCCCAGGGACAACAGAAGAUGCCUCUACUUUCCCAGGGACCUCAGAAAUAGCUGCAACUUCCCUUGGCUUCACUUACACCAGUACCACAGAUCACAGUACCACUGAGGCCAACAACACAACGUCUCUGACAAGCCAGGCUAUCCUUGCUACCCAAGGGACAACAGCAGCUGCCUCUACUUUCCCACGGACCUCAGCAACAGCCACAACUUCCCCUGCCUCCAUUUCAUCCAGCCCCACAGAUCACAGUACCACCCAGUCUGAUAGUACUACGACUGUGACAAACGAGCCUAUCACCGCUACCAAAGGGACAACAGCAGCUGCUACUACUGUCCCCGGGACCUCACCAACAGCCACAACUUCCCCUGCCUCCACUUCUACCAGCCCCACAGACCAGAGUAACACCCAGUCUGACAACACUACAACUCUGACAACCCAGGCUGUCACUGUUACCCAAGGGACAACAGCAGCUGCUACUACAGUCCCCGGGACCUCAGCCACAGCCCCAUUUUCUGCUUCCUCCACUUCUACCGGCCCCACAGACCAGAGUAACACCCAGUCUGACAACACUACAACUGUGACAACCCAGGCUGUCACCACUACUCAAGGGACAAUAGCACCUGACAUUAUUUCCUCAGGCACCUUAGCCACAGCCCCAUCUUCCCCUGCCUCCACUUCUACCAGCCCCACAGAUCAGAGUACCACCCAGUCUGAUAGUCAUACAACUGUGACAACCCAGGCUGUCAUUGCUACCCCAGGGACAACAGUAGCUGACAGUACUUCCCCAGGGACCUCAACCACAGCCACAUCUUCCCCUGGUUCCACCUUCACCAGCCCCACAGAUCAGAGGAUAACAGUAGCUGACAGUACUUUCCCAGGGACCUCAGCAACUGCCACAGCUUCCCCUGGCUCCACCUCCACCAGCCCCAAAGCUCAGAGUACCACCCAGUCUGACAGCACUCCAACUGUGACAAUCCAGGCUAUCACCGCUACCCCAGAGACAACAGCAGCUGACACUACUUUCCCAUCGACCUCAGUAACAGCCACAACUUCCCCUGCCUCCAUUUCAUCCAGCCCCUCAGAUCAGAGUACCACCCAGUCUGAGAGUACUACGACUGUGAAAACCCAGCCUAUCACCGAUACCCAAGGGACAACAGCAGCUGCCACUACUUUCCCAGGAACCUCAGCCACAGCCCCAUCCGCCUCCACGUCAACCAGCCCCACAAAUCAGAGUACCACCCAGUCUGAUAGUCCCAUGACUGUGACAACCAAGGCUGUCACCGCUUCCCAAGGGACAACAGCAGCUGCCACUACUUUCCCAAGUACCUCAGCAACAGCCACAACUUCCCCUGGCUCCAUUUCAUCCAGCCCCACAGAUCAGAGUACCACUGAGCCCGGCAGUACCAUGUCUCUGACAACCCAGGCUAUCACCUCAACCCCUGGAACCACAGCUGUGACUACGGCCCCAUCUUCCUCUGGUUCCACCUUCACCAGUCCCACACCUCAGAGUACCACAGAGCCUGGCAUUACGACGACUGUGAGCACACAGGCUGUCACCUCUAGUCAAGGGACAACAGAAGCUGCCACUACUUCCCCAUGGACCUCAACCACAGCUGUAUCUUCACCUGGCUCCACCUUCACCAGCCCCACAGAUCAGAGUACCAUCCAGUCUGAUAGUCCUACAACUGUGACAACCCUGGCUGUCACUGCUACCCCAGGGACGACAGCAGCUGCCUCUACUUUCCCAGGAACCUCAGCAACGACCACAACUUCCCUUGCCUCCAUUUCAUCCAGCCCCAUAGAUCAGAGUUCCACCCAGUCUGAUAGUCCUACGACUGUGACAACCCAGCCUAUCACUGCUACCCAAGGGACAAGAGCAGCUGCUACUACUGUUGCAAGGACCUCAUUAACUGUCACACCUUCCCCUGGCUCCAUUUCAUCCAGCCCCACAGCUCAGGGUACCACUCAGUCUGACAGCACUACGACUGUGACAACCCAGUCUGUCACCUCGACCCCAGGAACAGCAGCUGUGACUACAGCCCUAUCUUCCCCUGGUUCCACCUUCACCAGCCCCACAGAUCAGAGUACCACCCAGUCUGAUAGUUCUACGACUGUGACAACCCAGCCUGUCACCGCUACCCAAGGGAUAACAGCAGCCGCCACUACUUUUGAGUGCAAGAAUGAGG